AGAGGAGCAACAUGGCGUCGCUGCGCAGUGAUGAGUGGAGAGCGAUCUGCGACAGAUUCACCAACGCCCAAAACCUGUCGGAGGUGGAAUCACGGAAAGACCCAGAGAACGAGCCGUUCCGCUCCAAGUACCAGGCCCGGGAGCUGCUCCGGGAGAUCUACUCCGCGCUAAAGGGCUUCGAAGCCGGGGACGGAGAGGACCAGGAGGAGGACCAGGAGGAGGAGGGCGGCGGCGAGGAGCAGCGGCCGGAGGAGCAGCCGGUGGACGGGCAGCGGGAGGAUGGGGUCGGGCAGCGGGGUAUCUCCGGUGACUCCCCGGCCGGGCUGCGGGCCGCUCGGCUCGGGGCGGUGGAGUACUACCUGGGGGUGAACCACGUCGACACGGAAGAGCUGGCCGGCGGGCAGGAGCAUCUGAAGAGCUGCCUGAAGCUGCUGGGAAGAUGCUCCGCCUCCUCCCACAACGUGUCGCUGUUCAUCAACGCCCGGAACCAGCUGGGCAUCCUGUCGGCCGGCUGGGACGAGACGGAGACAGCUCAGGGAUUCCUGGAAACAGCAGAAUCCAUCUACCUUCGAUAUAUGAAGGAGGAUGGCAGUCCUCCCACUGACAUGGCGGAGUACUUCACUACUGAGGAGAACCUGCUGACACAUCAGGAAAGAACCAAGAAGUUUGAGUUGGCCUACACUCAUACCAUGUACUACCUUGCUCAAGUCUAUAAAAACCUUGGUCAAAAUGAAAAAGCCGCCACCUACUGUCACAGCACCCUGCAGAGACAGUUAAAGUUAAAAGAGUUCAGUCCGAUGGAGUGGGCCCUGAACGCUGCUUCACUAUCACAGUAUUACAUCAUUAAGGGCCACUACAUGGAAGGCAGACAUUGCCUCUCAGCAGCUACUGUCGUAGCAGGUUUGGCAGGAGAGGCUCCUUCUGAGGCUGCAGCACAGGAAAGUGAGACAGAGAGUGAGUGUAGGGAGCAGCUCAGACAAAAGAGAGCAGAUAUUGCGAGAUGUUGGAUCAAAUACUGCCUCAACCUCCUGCAGGAUGCUAAGAAGCUGCUUGAGGACAACAUUGGAGAGCUGGAUACUGAUCUUCAAGAAGAUUCGAAGAGAGCAAGACGACAAGAGGAGGAGGAGGAAGAGAAAGGCAGGAAGAGCGCUGUGCUGUUUGGCUCUGAAGACACCUUCGACUCCAUCGCUAGCCUGGAAGAAAAGGUUUGUUGUUUGUGCCCAUUGGACUUCACUGAGGCCAGAGCUGUGUUUCUAGUGGGACAGAAUUAUGUCACACAGGCCAAGGAGUACUUUCAGAUGGAUGGAUAUGUGACGGACCAUGUCGAGAUUUUGCAGGACUACAGCGCUCUAUUCAGGGCCCUAGCUUUCUUUGAGGAGGAUCUGGAGCGACGCUGCAAAAUGCACAAACGAAGAGUUGAUAUGUUAGAGACCAUCUGUAAUGACUUAAAUUCCCGGUACUACCUAAUGAUCCGCAGGCAGUUGAUGUUUGAGUUGGCAGAGAUCUACAGUGAAAUGAUGGACCUGAAACUGAUGCUGGCCAACAGACAAGCUGAUACAGAGUCGCUAGAUAGCCACACCGUUAAGAAAUUCAACCACCUCUGCUCUACAUCUGCAAAGUACUUCCAGAUGUUCCUAGACUCUUUAUGUUCUCCAGAAGGGAAGGUUCCAGAGCACCUGGAGGAGGAGGUGCUCAGACCAGCUCUGGUGGCUCGCUUCAGAGUAGCCCGACUGUACGGCCGCCUCAUCAGCUCUCCAGCCUCUGAUCAGCUGGAAAACCUCAACAAAUCUCUAAAUAACUACAAGUACGUGGUGCAGUAUUGUGAGUCCCAUCCUGAGGCAACAGCCACUGUGGAGACGGAGCUGGAGCUGAGUAGGGAGAUGGUUGGUCUACUCCCUCUCAAAAUCAACCGGCUCAAAGCCCGGAUGGCAACAAACAACUCGUUGGUUGACUAAUUAAUCCAUCAAAUUAAAUUAACCACCUUAUAAUCUGUCAGACACUCUCCAACAGUUUCAGUAACUUGAUGGUAGAUGGAUUCACCAUCUUGCUCCCUGUAUAUUUAUUUGUGAUCUUUUUAUGUUUUUUUCCCAGUGAUUAUGCUGCUUUUACCAUCGGACACAUUACACUCUAUAAAUAUGUGCUUUCCUCUGUGUAAUAAAAGGUAGUCAGUUUCACUACCAUUUCAGCCUUUAACCUUGGUUACUGUGGCCAUACUAAUAACAAAAGCUGGUGAGCGGUAAAGAGGGUAUUAACUCUGUACCACCAACAGGCUGCUUUUGCUCCUCAGAAUUCAGACGCUGCCGCUGCACAUCAGCAGAAAUAAUCCUCCUGCUAGCACACGACUAGACAAAACUGAUGUUGGUUUAUUAGACGUCAUAAUUUGCAUGAUGCAGGUUUUAUCCAGUCAAACCUGUGUAAUUUAUUAUUGUCAUUGAGGAGUCACACUCUGUACACUAGACACUGUAUGUAAUGAUAUUAAACCAAUGAAAUAUUACACCCUAAUGGUUCACCCAAAAAUGAUAAUUCACUCAUGUACUCACCACUAUGCCGAUGGAGGGGUGGGUGAAGUGUUUUGAGUCUCAGGGGUAAACAGUGUUGCAGCCAAAUCCAAUACAAUUCUAGUAAAUGGUGACCAAUUCUUCAGUGCAAAAAAGAACAAAACAGAAAAGAACAUGAAGUGCCUCCAUACGGCUCCUGUGGUGUCAUCAAAGAGUCCGUAAGCCCCGACAUUCAUUUACACCAUGUUUUUAGCCUAAUUGUCCUCUGUGAUCCACAUGCGAACGCAGCCCCACAGUAGGAUAACAUGACAUUUAGGCUAAAACUCCAAAAGUGUUUUGUGGACUCAAACAUUUCACCCACCCCUCCAUUAGCACAGGGAUGAGUAGAUAACAAGUGUUGUUAACGUUUUCUGUGAACUAUCCUUUUAAGUCAGGGGUCAAUGUGCUGCAGUGAGGAGCUAACUGUAAAAAAGAUCCUCGGCUUUUCAUCUGUUGUAUUUCCACAUAAGAGAAACACCACUUUGAAUUUAAUGACUGCGAGUAAAAUGCUUAAUUUAUCUCAGUGUAGUUUGAGAAGUUGUUUUUCCACAUUGUUGAACUGCUUAAUGCAGGGAAAUGUGUCAAAUGUUGUCCAAUGAAAACUGACUGUGACUAUUUGAAGGUGUAUAAUAAAUAAAUCAAGUUACAGAAUA